GUUUUGUGUACGAAGCCCACUGGCGAGGUGCUGCUCAGCCGGGAUGGAGGCCGCCUCCUGGGGGCGCUACACUUAGAGCAUCCCGUAGCCAGGUACCCGCGUCCCACACUGUGGCCCAUAGCCGGCACCCUAGGCAAUCUCCUUGAACCUCUUGUCCCAUCCUGAGGCUGAGUACCUGGAAAAACUGACCUCGGGUGACACCGGUGUGCGUGCGUCCCUAGAGCCCCGCCCAAGGGAACGCUCCUGGACCCCAAAUCUUAUUAACUUCUAAGAACACUUUUCACCCCACCCGACCCUAGGAUCUUGGAGUAGAACAAAGGAACUUGAAAAAGCUAAAAGAUGAUAGUGGCCUGUGUUUCCAGUCAUCUCAAAAAAACAGGAGAUGGUGCUAAAACAUUUAUUAUCUUUCUUUGCCAUUUGCUGAGAGGACUUCAUGCAAUCACAGACAGAGAAAAGGAUUCUUUGAUUUGUGAAAAUAUUCAAACCCAUGGAAGGCAUUGGAAAAAUUGCUGUCAGUGGAAAUUUAUUUCCCAACGUCUUCUAGUGUUUCAGACACAAACAUUAGACUGUAUUAUGGACCAGUACUUAAGUAGACACUUUUUGUCUAUCUUUUCUUCUGCUAAAGAGAGAACAUUGUCAAGAAGUUCUUUAGAAUCACUCUUAGAAGCAUACUUUUGUGGAAGAGUGGGAAGAAAUAAUCAGAAAUUUAUUUCGCAAUUGAUGUGUGACUAUUUUUUCAAGUGUAUGACUUGUGAAAGUGGGAUUGAUGUGUUUGAGUUAGUGGAUGACUAUUUUGUGGAGCUGAAUGUUGGUGUCACUGGUCUUCCUGUUUCAGAUUCCAGGAUUGUAGCUGGGCUUGUGCUGCACAGAGAUUUUUCUGUGUACUGCCCAGCAGAUGGUGACAUAAGAAUAGUGAUGGUGACAGAAACCAUUCAGCCUCCUUUUUCGACUUCUGGAUCAGAGUUUAUUCUAAAUUCAGAAGCACAAUUUCAAACAUCUCAAUUUUGGAUUAUGGAAAGGACAAAAGCAAUAAUGAAACAUUUGCAUAGUCAGAAUGUAAAAUUGCUCCUAUCUAGUGUGAAACAACCAGAUUUAGUUAUUUAUUAUGCAGGACUGAAUGGCAUAUCAGUGGUGGAGUGCUUAUCAUCAUCAGAAGUUUCUGUUAUCCAGAGGAUCAUUGGUCUUUCUCCACUUGUACUACCACAGGACUUUUCACAGUGUGAAAUCUCUAGCACUGCUUUGGUGAAAUUUUGUAAACCCCUCAUCCUGAGAUCCAAAAGUUAUGUUCAUCUUGGCUUGGCUAGCACACGUACGUUUAUACCACACUGUAUAGUUCUUUGUGGACCAGUGCAAGGGCUUAUUGAACAACAUGAGGGUGCUUUACAUGGAGCAUUUAAAAUGCUUCGGCAGUUAUUUAAAGAUCUUGAUCUAAAUUACAUGACAGAAGCCAAGGACCAAAGUGACACUUCAAGUCCUCUUAUUUCUAUGAAUAGUAGAGAAAGUAACCAGUUACCAGAAAUUGGUAAUGGCUCACUACAAAGUCCCUGUCAGGACACAGCUGUAAAGAACAAAGAUAAAUGGGAAAAAACUCAAACAUAUUUAAAAGUAAAUUCAAAUUUAGUAGUUUCGAAUGUAGAAUUAGAAACAUAUAUUCCAUGUUCAACAGCAAAACUGACACCAACAGGUACAUUCCAAACAGAUGAAACAGUUAGAUGUUUAUCUUUGGGAAAACACACAAUAAUUGACAACUGUGAACCAUUAAUUGAGAGUAAUUCCACUGUUAAUUCAACGACAGAAAACACUAUGAUAGAAAUUUCUUAUGAAAAUUUAGAGGUCACAAAAAUUGCUGGAAAGGGGAGCAUGUUACCAGUGAGAUGUAAGUUACUGGACAUGUGUACUUCCCGGAGUUACUGUUCCUCAUCUAUGCCAGCAGGUUGUGUUUUGCCAGUAGGGGGUAAUUUUGAAAUCUUGUUACAUUACUAUCUUCUCAGUUAUGCCAAAAAAUGCCAGCAAUCAGAAGAAAGCAUGAUUAGUAUGAUAGUAGCUAAUGCACUUUUAGGCAUUCCCAAAAUUCUUUAUAAAUCUAAGAAAGGAAACUACAGCUUUCCACAAGUAUAUAUAAGAGCUCUCCAUGCACUGCAAACCAAUCAACCCUUAGUAAGCAGUCAGACAGGUUUGGAAUCAGUAGCUGGUAAAUACCAGCUACUAACAUCAGUUCUUCAGUGUUUGUCAAAAAUAUUAAGCAUUGAUUUGGUAAUCAAUGUUAAGAGACAACCUCAGAAAGUUUAUGAUCAAGAUUCAGAAGAUGAACUAACAUCAGAAGGUUUUUGUUAAUCAACCUUUUAUUUUUUUGAGACAGAGUCUUGCUCUGUGUUAGUCUGUGUAGGUUUAGGGGGGGACAUUUCUUUAUAGUUCCUUUUUACGCUUCUAUAUCUUUUUGCUCCAUCUCGCCUUUUUCACCUUUAUAUAUUUAGUUCAUGGAAUCAUUUAAUCUCAGGCUUGAAUGGGGUCUUCAAAUGUCAUCUUAUUUUAGUUGUUUAUAAUAUAAAUGUUAAUUUGUUUUAUUUAAAAUUUUUUCCCACUCAAUUUGUAAAGCAAUGAGUAAAAAUCUCAAAAUUUUUUUCAAAAAAGAUACAAAUUAAAUUAGUUUUUACUUUUAUGUGGCCUUUGGUUUAUUUCUAUUUUAUUUGGAAAAACUUGGAUAGAUUUUCACCAUCCAUAUACCAUUGAAUAUAUGUUACCAGAAAUAUGACUGUGCGUCAUGAACUCAUUUUCAUCUUUGUAGUUAAAAGUUAAUACCAGAAACAAUAUGAAAUUCAUACUUCAAUUUUCUCCUGGUCCCUAAAAGCUUGUAAAGAUAUUUUAUGUGUUUUAUAGUUUUUCAUGUAUUUGGUGCAUAGCCAGAAUUCCAUAGUAACAAAUUUCACAAUUCUUAUUUCUAAUGUGAAUUUACAAAUGUUCUUAUUUUAUUGUAAAAGCUUACAAAUGCAAAUAAUAUGCGCUUCUAGCCAUGUAUAAGAACAGCGUCUUCUACUUUAGCAGUUCUCUGUAACACCCAAAACAGUGCUGUUUACCAAGUACUCAGAAUUGCUUGUUGAAUAAAACAAGUGUUAUCUUUAAUCUGUUCCUCUAAAUACAUGCUUCUAAUCUACUUAUUCAACAAAUUCUCAUUUAGUUGGGUUGGGACUGAAUUUAGGAAAACUGAAGAAAAAAACUUUAGUUACAGUUGAAUAAGUAGUGACUAGUAAUGUAUUUGAAAAAACUUAACAUUAAGUAUAGUUUUGCUUUUAAAGAUUUAUGCUGUGAUACAUUAUUUUAUUUCU